UUCAGCCAAAACAGAAGGGGAUUCGAGUUUUGGAGAGACAGAGCGAUUCCUAGAGAGAGAAAGUGACGAACAAGAGUCUCCAAGUGCCCUAGCUUGAUCUUCAUCACCAUUGGAGGCCAGCUUGAGCUUGGAGAAGUGCUGAUCAACGUCCAGAAGCAGGAAUCCAUCCUUCACAGUAUGAAUUCCGCGUCUGAUUCUGCUUUUGCUUCUUUCUCCAUGGAGUAGUUCUCCCAUUCAUCUGGGUAUGGAGAACCCUAGAUUUGUAUGUUAGGCUUUGAUUGUAUGAACCCAAGUACUGAUUCUAUGAUUUGAUUAUAUUCGAUUGGGUGGCUAUAGCAUGCACACCCCGCCCUGGUGCUCUUCUCGAUCUCCUCGCAGUUCCCCAAUCAUAUCAAUGCUCUGCCAUCUCUUCAAAAAGUUGAUUCAGCUGCGGCGGUGUCUUCGUGAGCAUAUUUCCGCCGCAAACCGAGUCAAUCAGCUUCUUGUCUUCUAGGAAGAGGGCAUGGUAGAAAGUGCCCACCUUGAAGGCGUCGGUAAAAUCAUGGUUGGGACACUUGAGGAAGAGACUGGUGUAUCUUUCCCAAGCAUCCCUAAUGGUCUCAUCUUCAUCAUGGGCAAAGUGGGUGAUCUGCUUCUGCAGGUCCGCCAUCUUCGACGGAGGAUGGUAGCGGGUGAGGAACUUGUCCGCCAGGUUGGCGAACGUGGUGAUCGAUCCAAUGGGCCUAGUAUCGAGCCACUCCUUGGCUUUCCCCUCCAGAGUAAAUGGGAAGUACCUCAGCUGGAUUGCAUCGGCUGGGACCCCAUUGAUCUUGAUCCCAUCGAUGAGCUCGUUGAAUCGCCUCAGGUGUGAUCGGGGACACUCCCCCUCCUUGCCACGGAAUACCACCGUUCAAGCUCUUGGUCUAAUGGUAUUAAAUCUCCCGACUGGCUACGGGUCAUGCACUACCUGCACACAAUCAGCAAAGGCAACCCCUGAAGGCACACAGGUGGAAGAGAGAAAAUGCAGUAAAGAAAAAGCUAGAGUAACAAACUUUCACGUUUCCCCAAUAUCCUAGAAGUCCCCGGCAACGGCGCCAAAAACUUGACACGCUAAAACACAACACCAAACUGCGACCAAGUGUAAUCGCAGUCCAGAAAUGUAGUAACAGACAAGCUCUAUUUGUCAACCCGGGGUCUAGAUCUACUGCCGACUUCGUGAAUAUCUAUUAUCUAGCAAACUAAGUCGAGUGAUUAUGAUUUUAACUAAAAGCAGUAAGAAAGCAGGAAAUGGUUCGGUUUUCUAAAGCAAGGGAAGAGUCACUCAGGAAUGAGUCCCCCUAGCUCCUUAGUUAGGUCACAGUUGUAAUUACCCUGGGUUGAUUAACUGUUGAUUAAACUGUGGAAGAUCCGACAGUAGCUUGGAAUCUCUUAAGCUGACCAAGCCCUCUCAGUACAACUACCCGGCAGAUGACUAGUCUUCACCGGGAUAGAAAGCUGAGGCUAUGAACGUAGAACUCCACUACUGGAAUUGGAUUCCAUUACAAAGAAGCGAAUCGAUUAACUCUCGUAUAAUCAAUCUACCACUACUGAUUGAUGAAGCUCUAGCAACCUAAUCAGAUUCUAUCUUUCUCAGGUUGCAGCAGAAAUCAAGAAAAGAUGAUCAGACUUCAAUUGACUCAAUAAAUCAUGCAUCAAUUUAAAAUCAAAUAGUAUAACAAUCCCAAGUCAUUACAAUCAAUAUCCCUAACACAUGGAACUAGGGUUCUUCAUACCCAAGUGAGAGAAAGUUCUACUCCAUAGAGAAAGAGAGGAAAACAGAAAUCAGAGUAGUCAUACUCAUAAAGAUGAGGAUAAUCUGCUCUAGGAUGAUGAUCUUCACUCCUGGGGAUGCAAUCUGGGCUUCAAUGGUGAGAAAUCCACUCCAAAUAGCUCCUAGGGUUUGUUCUUCGUACUUUCUCCCUCUAAAACUCUGUUUUUGCUCCAAAAAGCUGACUCUCUCCUUUGGCUCGAAUCUGCCUCAAAAACCCGAUUCUGGGGGAAAUACGGGCUGAACUACGAUCAUAAACAUGGUCUGGCCGUAUUUCACCCAAAACGCGCGUUUCACUUAACUCUGAUGAGGAGAAUUACGAUUGUAAUUACCCAAUUACUGCCAGUAUUUGUAGAAUUACGACCGUAGUUCAUUUUGCUCUUGCCCGUAAUUUGAUUUUCGAAGGCAUUCUCAGGGAUUUGGCUUGGCAUUGCAUUUACGGGCAGAGCAGAGGCAAUUAUGCCCGUAAUUGGGUAGGGGAUGCCUGUAUUUCUUCCUCCACUCCUGUUUAAUGCUUUGUUUCUCCCUCGUCCGGACUCCAAAUCAGUCGUCGUUUAAUCCCAGACGCUCGUAGUCUUGUCCUCUUUCUUUUCAUGGCAAGAUUCCAUGAUUAUUUGUCCAUAAUAUGAGGUAGAAAUCCAUUCUUCCUCAGGUCAUUCUCGUGUUUCUUCUUCCGAAUUGCCAAAUGAAUUCCGAUUGACUUUAAACUUGCGCCUUUUCUACAAUUUACAUGCUAGGUCCUGAAAUACGACAAAACAACACAACCUAGCGUAAAAUAGGCCAAGCAACCACAAAUUUGAGCUAAAAUGGUCAGGAAACAAGGGUGCAAACAUGUGCAAAUACGAUGCUAUCAACAUGUUUGUGAAGAUGCCGACUACCUGAACCUGGACAAAAAGACCCUAUGAAGCUUCAUUGUUCCCUGGGAUUAGCUUUGGGCCUUUCUUGCUCAAUUUAGGUGGAAGGCACAAAGGGCCCCCUUCUGGGGGGGUCCGAGCUAUCAGUGAGAUACCGCUCUGGAAGAGCUAGAUAUCUAACAUUUUGUCAGGACCUACUAGCCAAGGGACAAUCUCAAGUAGACAUUUUCUAUGGCGUAGGUCUCUCAAAAGGUAACGGAGGCGUGCAAAAGUUUCCUCGAGCCGGACGGAGAUUGGCCCUCGAGUGCAAAGGCGUAAUGGAGCUUGAUGGCAAGACCCACCUGUCGAGCAAGGACGAAAUUGGGCCUUAGUGAUCCAAUGGUUAGUGGAAGGGCCAUUGCUCAAUGGAUAAAAGUUACUCUAGGGAUAACAAGCUGAUAUUCCCCAAGAGCUCACAUCGACGGGAAGGUUUAGCACCUCGAUGUCGGCUCUUCGCCACCUGGGGCUUUAGUAUGUUCCAAGGGUUGCGUUGUUCGACCAUUAAAGCGGAACAUGAGUUGGGUUCAGAACAUUGUGAGACAGUUCGGUCCAUAUCCGAUGUGGGCGUUAGAGCAUUGAGAGGACCUUUCCCUAGUACGAGAGGAUCGGGAAAGACGCACCUCUGGUGUUCCAGUUAUCGUGCCCACGGUAAAUGCUGGGUGCCUAAGUGCAAAGCAGAUAAAUAUUAAAAGCAUCUAAGUAGUAAGUUGACUCAAAUAUGAGUGCUCCCCUAUUCCGAUUUCCCCAGAGCCCCCAGUAGCACAGCCUAGACAACGACGGGUUCUCUGUCCCGCUCGCGGCCCGCACCAAAACAAACUCUAUACUAGAUAUGACCUCAUAAUAAUAGGGGUUAAGGUCAUUUAGUGAUACGAUGGGGGAUAAGCUUCAUUGUCAAGAGAGAAACAGCCCGGAUCACCAGCUAAGGCCCCUAAAUGAUCGCUUAGUGAUAAAGGAGGUAUGGCUAGGAAACCCCUAUUGAUUGCAGCUUUCUCCAUACCUCUAAGAAAAGCAGAAAAAAGGCUCUAAUGGUAUGAUUCCUCCGUCUCCCCAAAAUGAAAGGUGCGAGCUUGUAGUUCUUGGUAUGUGAAGAUACGUUGUUAGGUGCUCCAUUUUAUUUUCCCAUCGAGAUCGAACCUAAACAUGUGCUCGAGAGAUAGCAGUCCAUAGAGUGAUAAAGGAUGUAUGGAUUCUCCAGAAGAGAGGAGCUGUGGUUGUCCAUCCUGGACCGUCCGGAUCCCACGAGGAAAUAGAAAGUUGGAUCUACAUUGGAGAAUUUCCCCAUUUAUCCUCCUUACUAGGAAACAAAAAAUAUUUAUUCUAGUUCUAUUAGCAACUAUGGGUUUGAAUCUAAGAGAAAUUCUAGAGAAUGUUUGUUAGGUCGGUUAAGUCAAAUUGGAAUUAAUUGUCAACUCAUCUAUAAUUGUUUAGGCAAAACCGAAAUGAAUUAUCAAUUUUGGUUGAACCCGACUAGUUUUGGUGGCCAACAUAUUAGCUAUGGUUUUACCAAAAGCAAUAAGUAGAGCUCAAUCUUGUUUUGAGAAAGGGAGGAUGACAAGUGACAAUAUACUAAUGGCAAUAGAUUUGGUAAAGGACUAUCAUAAAAUUGGAAUUUCUUCUUCUAAAACUUGAUUUGUUGGAACAUUUGAGUCUGUAGACUAGGCUUUUGUGUGUAAUUUUUUAAAGCUAUGAGAUUCCCUAUGGAGUUUGUUCAAUUAGUUGAAGCAUGUGUUAUCACUCCUUGUUGAGUGUAUCUUUUAUUGGAGGAAUGUGUGGAUACUUCCCAUUAGGGAUAUGGCUACAUCAGAGAGAUCCACCUUCCCCUUAUCUGAUCUCUAAAUUUUAUACGAUCUCUAAAUUGAAGUGUAACAUGUCCAAAUACCAUUGCGUGUUGGAAUCCCAUAGGAAGUUAAGUAGGAAAUUUCAUAGUAUAUUGGGUUCCCCAUAAGAUCUUUGCUAGUAAAAUAUCUUGGUAUGACAUUGACCUCAGGAAACCUCUCAUCAUAAGAUUGUCAGUUCUUUGUAGCUAAAAUCAUUCCUUGAAUAUAAACUUGGCAAGCCAAGAUGCUCAAUUAUUAGGGGCGUGUAAUGGUCUAGUCUGGACGGGAUCAAACUCAUGACUCAUGAGAACUGAGGUCCAAUAGUGAAUGACAUCUUACAGCCAAGGACUGGACUAAUAUAGUAAUCAGUGUGAUUUGGUUCGGUCCAAAUUUUUGAUUCGGUCCAUUUUCCUCAUUAUUCAUAAAAAUCAUGGGACCAAGACCCUUACCACUUUAUAUAUGGUUCCAUAUGGUCCAGUGUGGUUCGAUAUGGCUAACUCGUGGAACUCCCUACCAGUUAUGUAGGAAAUUUCCAGUAGAUUACUUUUGUGAUAAAAAAAAGUAUAUUCCAGUAUUAGAUGGCUAUUUUCAUUCUCCAUAAAAGUUCUGAAGAUGCUUGUAAUAAAGUUUAUGAGAAGAGCUCGUGAGAUUCGACAAAGUUCCUGAUGCUAAAACACAUGUCGUGGGCAUUACAGAAGUAACGGUUUCAACAGUGACAUUUACAAAAGAACCCAUGACUUGUGUAAGUGAUGGUUGCAUUGCGUUUAUGGUCUAUGUUAGAGUUCACUGUCGAAUGUCACGACCGUGACAUGACAUAGUGACUUGCACAUUCUUGAUAUAAAUUAGAUCUGAAGCCAUUUUUAAGGGAAACGAAUUUUAGAUAGAAGUUAUAUUUGAAGAGAAAGUGACGAGGGAGGAACCUUAGAGAGUGAUUAAAACCAUCCAACCUCAAUUGGAGGUAAUAUUAAUCACCUGCGAGUGAAGAUUGGAGCUCGAGUCAAUAAUCCAUCCCCACAAGAUUGUUUAUCUUCUUUAGUUUGUGUUUGGAUCUCUUUCUCCUACAAUGGGGUAGACUCCCUUCUCACUUGGGUGUGUAGAUUUCUAACCAUGUAUGUUAGGGUUUGAUGUUGAAUGAAUCCUAUGCUUGUUACACUCCUUAUUAUAUAUUGAAUUGAUGUAUUUAUCAUGAAACUUAUCGAGUAUUUAUCACACUGUCCAAUUUGAGCUAUUGACCUAAGAGAGAGAAUAUCUACUUAAGUUUAUUAGAGCAUCUUCAAUUCUUCAUUAUAGGUCAAUUGAAAGAGUGUGAUUUGGUCUACAAUGCCUUAUUGGAUCGAGAUCAUUUUCAGGGGGUCGAAUUGCACACCUUAGGUGUUAUAUGCCGGUUGUGGAAACUCUUCCUCUGGGUAGCUCAUCUAAGCACGCUAGGGUAACUCAAGUAGGGAUUCCAAGCUACUUUAAAACUCUCCGCGGUAUAUAUAUUUAGUGGGCAAGCUAGGUUAAGUCAACAUAGACUUAGGGCUAGAGAGAAGCACACCCAAGUGAUCUUCUCUUAAUUCAAUUCGAAUAAUUCUUUCUUUGCUUUGCUUUUUUAGUUGCUUAACUAAAACCACAUACUUUUAUGCACAUAACGAUUGGUUCACCGAGUAGUAGUAGACUUAGUGCCUGGGUUGCUAAAUUAUAAUUUCUUAUCCUAUAUUGAACUCGAUUGAUGGGUAUACUUGGCCCUUAGUUGGGAAGCAUAGUUAGGUUCGAGUCAAUGAUUGCUUGCGUGAUCGAGCUUUAAAUUUAUAAGUCGAUGCAUACUCUCUAUUCAAUCCUAACUAAGCCAAGCAUAACCUAGCUAGGGUUGUACUAAAGUGGCUGAGUCAUACUCCAAGGGAACCCUAAGCUUACUAUUACUUCGCUCCAAACUACUAUCUAAUCGAAUCAAAAGUUUGGUGAAGAAUCUAACCUAACCUACUCCUAAACAACCAACAUAGUGGUUGGGAGAUCGCUAGAGAUGAGACGGUUCCAUGGGUCAAAUCUUCCUAGCUAUGGUUGUCAAGUAAGGAAUGUGGUGAGUGAGCUCUUUUUAGUGGGCGUUCAUGAUUAUCCACACGCCUCCGAGUACGCCUCCCCUAAGCCCAUGCCACUCUCCUCGAUCUAGGCUAUCAUAUAUGGGAAUAUAAGAACAUAGCUCCUUUCAAUGGGUACUACCCACCGUCCACACUGAGUGUAACGUCCCGAUAUUUUUAACCAAACUGAAAUAACCAUGGCUCCGAAAUAGUGUUCAAAAAUCUCAACAAAACAUAUAAUUCCAAGUAUUUUCCAAAUUAGAAUACAACUUAAUCAUUUCCAAGAAAAACAUCAAAUGCAAUGCCCUAAACACAUGGGCGACCUCAAAUCACAGUCAAUAAAAUUCGACCCUUUUGAACCUCCAGUUAUACUCGUAAUCAUAAACAUAUAUACUAAACAAACUCUAACUCCUUCCUGAGCUCCCUGAGACCUUGUCCAUGCUGGUACGGCUGCUUGCCGUGUCCUGCCUCUUCUCAAAAAUCACGGCCGCUAACCCUUCCUCAACCUGGUGAGUGAGAAGGGGUCAGUCUCGUCGUUACUUCCUAAGGUCUUGCCCUAAGCAAACCCUUACUAACACAUUAUUAGCGGGUUCCUUUCCUUAGAUGAAAGCCGUUCUCGCUUUCAUCCUUAAUACUUUAAUUUAUUACUCAAUAACUUAUAGAAUAUCAU